CUGCCACCACCAUGUAACGACUAGUAGCAACUUUAUUACGAUCUCUGUCAUCCAUUCCGGGAAACUAGAGUUGAGAUCGAACAGAGCAGCGGAUCGAAUCGAGACACCGUUAGUAAGACAAAUAAAUUGAAACGAUGGAGACCGCAUAUUUGUCAGAAGGAGUAGAAGUCGAAAAGGUGAGCAACUGCAUGAGUCGGAGUGGAGCAGCAGGCUUGCUUGCCGUUCCAACGGGAUGUAACAAUGGUGUCCGGAGCAAAUGGCUGCUGCCGGUGUGGUAUCGUUAAAURCACCCGUCGAAUGUGAUUGAUAACACGGCGCUGUAAUUAUGUUUCACGAUAUUGUCUAAAACCACUGCGACUCUCCCGUGCAUUUGAUUCUGCUUCUUUUGCCUGCACUUUUGUGGCAUUCUUUUUGUUCUUGUCGAAUGCRUUUUAUGAUUUUGUGAAACACACGAUGCAAACGAAUUUCGCCAAUGCCACUGGUCUUGSAAUUGCAACGUUAUGCGACAACCAUGAAAUGCGAUCACRCCAUCCAACUUCGUCCACACACCGAACACUACGCAACAAAUGAAACCCCAAUGUUAACGUCGACAAAUUUAUCGCCCCACGAUAGGGUGCCAAUGCCCGUUUGUCAUCGUUGAUCGGGGCCAUGGCCAUUUCCGAUCUAGUCAAAACCACGCUCGGUCCAAAGGGUAUGGACAAGAUCUUGCAAUCCAUUGAUCCAAACGACCAAUCGAUUUCGGUUACCAACGACGGAGCUACCAUCUUGAGCAAAGUUCCUCUCGACAAUGCCGCCGCCAAGGUMUUGGUCGACGUCGCAAAGGUCCAGGACCAAGAGGUCGGAGACGGUACCACGAGUGUUGCCGUCUUUUGCGGAGAGCUCUUGAGAGAGGCCGAGCAAAUGCUCCUGCAGGCACGAAUCCACCCCCAGACGAUCUGCGCGGGAUGGAGRUUGGCCACAAAGGUUGCCCGGGAAACCCUCGAAUCCAUGUCGACCGACGGCAUCACCGAUGACGAUCUGUUCAAGAUCGCCAUGACGACGCUCUCUAGCAAACUCGUGAACAGCGAGAAGGAAUAYUUUGCAAAAUUGUGUGUGUCUGCCGUCAAACGGCUCGAGGGAAGCGGCAACCUGGACCACAUUCAAAUCAUCAAACUCCCGGGUGGAUCUCUGCGAAGCUCGUACCUGGAAGAGGGAUUCCUCCUCGAGAAAUCCAUCGGGGUCGGCCAGCCCAAGCGCCUCGAAAAGUGCAACAUAUUGCUGGCCAACACCAGCAUGGACACGGACAAAAUUAAGAUAUACGGUUCCCGUGUGCAGGUUGACUCCCUCAACAAGGUCGCCGAAAUCGAGCAGGCAGAGAAGCUCAAGAUGAAACGCAAGGUCGACAAAAUCAUUGCGCACGACUGCAACGUGUUCAUCAACCGACAGCUCAUCUACAACUACCCCGAAUCCCUGUUUGCGGCUGCGGGCAUGAUGGCCAUUGAACAUGCUGACUUUGACGGCAUCGAACGGCUGGCGGCCGUCACGGGUGGCCAGGUCUGCAGUACCUUCGACAAUCCCGACAAGGUCCAGUUGGGAUACUGCGACGUCAUUGAAGAGGUAGGUUUUCGUUCGAUUUGCGAUUUGCGAUUUGCCAUUUGCUUUUUGGGUGUCUGCCUUUUGCCACGACUYUCUUUUGCUCUCCCUUGUCUCACUUUUAGUCGCCCUGCUUUGAAACACACGCGCGCAUCCUCUUACAAUAGGUAAUGAUCGGGGAAACCAAGGUCAUUCGACUCGGAGGCUGUAAAUCGGGUGCCGCCUGUACCAUCGUCUUGCGGGGAAGCAGCAAUCACAUCAUCGACGAGGCGGAACGGUCCAUCCACGACGCGCUCUGUAUUCUGGCGGCCACCCUGAAGCACCCAAAACGAAUCUACGGUGGAGGAUGUACCGAGGUCGCUAUGGCCCAGGCCAUCGACAAGGCCGCCAAGGAAACACCCGGGAAGAAGGCCAUCGCCAUGGCCUCCUUUGCCAAGGCCCUGUUGCAGUUGCCCAUGACCGUGGCCGACAACGGUGGGUACGACGCGGCCGAACUGGUAACGCAGCUCCGUGCAGCCCAUGCGGCGGGCAAGACGAGUUACGGGCUGGACAUGAACAACGGAACGAUCGGAGACAUGGCGGAAUUGGGAAUUAUGGAAGCCUUCAAAAGCAAGUUACAGGUGGUGACAAGCGCCAGCGAGGCGGCAGAAAUGUUGUUGCGGGUAGACGAUAUUAUCAAGUGCGCUCCUCGGCGUCGCGAAGAAAUGAUGUAGAAAACUAAAUGAAAAACUAAUCA